CUAUUAUAGUUCCCCCUUCUCCCUCCAUUCAGAAAGUUCUCCCAUCCUUAAAUUUCCACACUAUGAAUUCCUUGGACUUCAACUUCACUGAUGGCAACUCUCUCCACCUCUUCACAUUUUUCUCUAUCUCCAUGCACUAUCAAAACUAAGAACAUUAAAAGCAACCCAUGCAGCGGCAUCUCAUGUUCUUUAACCACGAACCGCCUUGCCCAAAACACACACCUUUGCUUUUCUCUAUGCUCUAAAAACAAACCAGGAGAGCCCCUUAAACUUACCAUCAGAAAUGAGCAAGAAACUGAAGCCAAAAGGCAUUCAUUUCGUAAAAGACACUCAUUUGGACGAAGAACCAGCCUCUCAUUCUCGCUUGUUACAAAAGAAAAUCAUUUGAAGCCUGUUAUGUCCUCUGCUAAAGAUGAGGGAGAAAGUGAGCAGACUUCUUCAUCUUCAGUCGCAGUGAUUACUGACAAGACCGAAAGUGAAACAAAAGAGAGUCCAGAAGUGGAAUUGAGCAAAGAAAGUGAUCGAUUGGAUAAGGAUAAAAAGAAACAACAAGAGAUGGACUGGAAGACUGAUGAAGAGUUCAAGAAGUUCAUGGGGAAUCCUUCCAUAGAGGCAGCAAUAAAGCUGGAGAAGAAAAGGGCUGAUAGAAAGCUUAAGGAACUUGAUAGGGAAAGCAGUGAUAACCCAAUUGUGGGGUUGUUUAAUAGAUUGGUUCGUGACAGUUUGACUAGGGAAAAAGAGAGGUUGGAGAAGGCUGAGGAGGCUUUUAGGGCUCUUGAUCUUAAUAAGUUAAAGAGCUGUUUCGGGUUUGACACCUUUUUUGCUACUGAUGUUCGAAGAUUUGGUGAUGGGGGGAUUUUUAUUGGGAAUUUGAGGAAACCCAUUGAAGAGGUCAUUCCUAAACUGGAGAAAAAGCUAUCUGAAGCAGCAGGGCGGGAGGUAGUUGUGUGGUUCAUGGAGGAAAAGAACGAUGACAUAACAAAACAGGCUUGUGUGGUGCAACCCAAGUCAGAGAUGGAUCUCCAGUUCGAAUCAAUUAAGCUGAGCACACCUUGGGGCUAUAUCAGUGCUAUAGUCUUAUGUGUGGCCACUUUUGGGACGAUAGCUUUGAUGAGUGGCUUCUUCCUGAAGCCAAAUGCAACUUUUGAUGACUAUAUUGCUGAUGUCGCUCCUCUUUUUGGUGGCUUCCUCACUAUUUUGGGAGUUUCUGAGAUAGCCACAAGAGUAACAGCAGCUCAUUAUGAUGUCAAACUCAGCCCAUCAUUUCUUGUUCCAUCCAAUUGGACUGGAUGCUUGGGAGUGAUGAACAAUUAUGAAUCCCUGCUUCCAAAUAGGAAGGCCCUUUUUGAUAUUCCAGUGGCAAGAACAGCAAGUGCAUAUUUGACAUCUCUAGUGCUGGCGAUUGCUGCUUUCGUGACUGAUGGUAGCUUCAAUGGCGGUGACAAUGCACUGUAUAUAAGGCCACAAUUCUUCUACAACAACCCUUUGCUUUCUUUCAUCCAGUUUGUCAUCGGACCUUAUACAGAUGACCUUGGGAACGUAUUGCCUUAUGCAGUGGAGGGUGUGGGGGUUCCUGUUGAUCCCCUUGCUUUUGCUGGACUUUUAGGAAUGGUGGUGACUUCUUUGAACUUGUUGCCCUGUGGAAGACUUGAAGGGGGCCGCAUAGCUCAAGCUAUGUAUGGGAGAAAUACAGCAACUUUGCUGUCUUUUGCAACAUCCCUUUUACUUGGUAUUGGUGGUCUAAGUGGCAGUGUCCUUUGUUUGGCUUGGGGAUUGUUCGCAACAUUUUUCCGAGGUGGAGAAGAAAUACCUGCUAAAGAUGAGAUCACCCCUUUGGGAGAUGACAGGCUUGCUUGGGGCGUUGUUCUCGGUCUUAUCUGUUUCCUCACACUUUUCCCCAACGGCGGAGGAACAUUCUCCAGUCCAUUCCUCAGUGACCCUUUUUUCAGGGGUGAUAUGUGAAAGGUUACCUGAUUAAUUCGGGACCGGGCAGCUUGGAAUCAAAUCUAAACUAGGUUGACAAUUGAAUCAGCCAACUCGACAAAACUUGAUUGAUCCGGUUGGAGUGAUCUAAUAUAACCAGUCCAAAACCCUACCGGGUCAACUAUGAGAUUUAAAGGGGAAAAAGUAGUUAAGAAAAGUAAUGUUUUGUUUAUUAAAUACUUCAAUUAUCCCGAACUCCUUCUCUUCAUCCCAAGGCUUGGAGAUCUUUGACGUGCAUGCAAAUCUUGUAAGUUAAGGUUAUACAAUGUGCGUGGUACGCAACUGUUGCUUCUGCUUGUUGUGGAUAUAUCAUGUCUUUUGAUGCU